UUAAUAAAUGUGAAACUCUUGAGAUGCACAGAGCUGGUGGUUGGGCCAGAGAGAUUUCCUAUCUUGGAGUCCACACUUGCCAGUGUAUUUGAGAUACUGCAUUAAAAAUAAAGUGAAAGGAGUAACUUCAGGAAAUCAGUUGGGGUGGGAGUGGCGUGUCCUGGUUGGGGGCGGGGCCUAUUGUCUGGGAUCUGGUAGAAGAGGGGUGGGCAGGCAGAGCCAGGCUCCUGAAGCUGGCAGGGGGCUUGGAAGGAGGUGCCAAGGAGUAAGGUUAAAGCACUAUCAGAGUUAAGGGCUGGGCACGGAGUUGUUCCGAUGUUCACGGAAGUGAAAGCGCAGGAGAGAGCAGAGGGUGUGUGUGCAGAGGGUGUGUGCCCGGUGAGCCCCAUAGACGUGGCAGGUCAGGGUAGGGGCUCAGCUGGGGUGGCAGGCUCUCCUUUGCCCUGCUGGCCAGCAGUCCCGAGGGAGCCUUGCGCCGGGUGGACGAUGUACCAGGCUGGCUGCUACCCCUGGCCUUCUCCCGCUGCGACCGGCUCGGCGGGCCAGGAACCCCAGUGGCAGUUCCCGGAGGUGCUGGGCGGAGCCCGGGAGCUCCCUCCAGGGGACGGGCUGCCCCUGCUCACCGCUAUCGUUGCUGUCUUUGUGCUGCUGGCAGUCUGUAUUGUGGUGGCCGUCCGCCUUGGGCCAAGACUACACCACGGCCAUGCGGCUCUCCCCACAGAACCACCAGCCCCAAAGCCAGAGGACGGCAUCUACCUCAUCCACUGGCGAGUGCUGGGUCCCCAGGACGGUCCUGAGGACACCCAGCAGGGACCUCCGGUUCCUGGCGCCUGCCCUGGGCCAGAUGGGCCUAGGCUCAGCGUCGAUGAAGUGACGUAUCUUUAGGAGGGGCAUUUUGGAAAGUUGGACUGACCU